AUGGCCGACCCCGAAUCGUCCUCUUCCUCCUUCACGGCCAAGGAACCGGUCCUCACCUCCAACAGCCCCGACGUCGAGUCCCAACAAGGCCGCAACAGCCCGUCACACUGGUUCCUGGUCUGCCACCCGGACGGCGUCACCGAUGCGGUCCUGAACCACGCCUACCCGGGCCACGGCACGCCCGAGUCGCCCUACGUCGUCGACUUUCUCCCCCAGGACGGCAGCAACCCGAUGCAGUACUCGCGGACCAAGAAGUGGACCAUCACCCUGCUCCAGGCCCUGGCCACCCUGGCCGUGGCCUUUGUGAGCACCGCCUACUCGGGCGGCGUCUACGAGAUCAUCCGGUACUUUCACGUGUCGACCAUCGUGGCCAUCUUGGGCGUCUCGUUGUUUGUGCUCGGCUUCGCCAUCGGGCCGUUGCUGUGGGCGCCUCUUAGCGAGUUUCACGGGAGGCAGAUUGUUUUCUUUUUCACUUACUUUGGCCUGGCCGCCUUCAGCGCCGGCGCCGCGGGUGCUCAAAACAUCCACACCCUCAUCAUCCUGCGCUUCUUCGCCGGCGCGUUCGGCGCAUCGCCCCUGACGAACUCGGGCGGCGUCAUUGCGGAUAUGUUCAACGCCAAGGCGUUUUCGCCAUGGCCCCUUUCCUGGGCCCCACCAUCGGCCCCAUUGCCGGCGGCUUCCUCAUGGACCUCGCCCUCCGCGGCACCACCAAAUCCACAACAAAUCCGCACGACCCUCCUCCGCCCCUGGGCGCUCCUCUUCACCGAGCCCAUCGUCUUCCUCACCGCCAUCUACCUCGCCAUCGUCUACGGCACGCUGUACCUCCUCUUCGCGGCCUUCCCCAUCGUCUUCCAGCUCAACCGCGGCUGGAGCGCGGGCGUCGGCGGCCUGGCCUUCAUCGGCGUCGCCGUCGGCAUGCUCUUCGCCGUCGCCUACUCCAUGUUCGACAACCGCCGCUACGGCCGCGUGGCGGCGGCCUCCCCGGGCGGGCUGGCCCCCGCCGAGGCGCGCCUCCCGCCCGCCAUCAUCGGGUCGGUCCUGCUGCCGGUGGGGCUGUUCUGGUUCGCGUGGACGAACGGGCCCGAGGUGCACUGGGUGGUGCCCAUCACGGCGUCGGCCUUCUUCGCGGCGGGGCUGGUGAGCGUGUUUCUGAGCUUGCUGUCCUACAUGAUUGAUAGCUAUACGGUGUUUGCGGCCUCGGUGCUGGCGGCGAACUCGGUGCUGCGCUCGCUGUUUGGCGCCGCCUUCCCGCUGUUUACCACGUACAUGUAUCAGGAUCUGGGCAUCCACUGGGCGAGUACCGUGCCGGCGUUCCUGGCGCUCGCGUGCAUGCCGUUUCCGUGGCUGUUUUGGAAGUAUGGCGCGCGCAUUAGGAGUAGGUGUCGCUAUGCGGCCGAGGCGGCCGCCGUGCUGCAGAAGAUGAUGCAGGCUGCGAACGAGCAACAAGAGCGAGAGCAGCAGGGGCAGCAGGUGGUGGUGCCGGUGAAUGAGAGCCCGGCUGUGUUGAGCGAAGAUGAAGGGACUGUGGUUGGAGAUGGGGAGGAGGUGAAGGAGAAACGAAAGUAG